AUGGCGGGAACACUUAUACCUCCGUGGUAUGUCGGCUCAACACCUACUAACGAUGAGCAGAACAUAGCGAGCAUGUUUUGGGGGUUCACACUUGGGGUUGGCCUUUGGAGCGGAGUCAAGGGUUAUCGGCAAAGUAGAGCCAGUUGGAACAGGACACACCGAGUCAACGUCUACAUAUGGCUGAUCUGGGCGGAAUGGAUCGCCAGUAUAGUCAUCGGCAUCAUAUCUUGGUCCUAUUUGACAUCUAUCAUUGAUCCAAGCUUUGAAUACUUCUUUUUCCUACUUGUGUUAUGGACUAUUCAGGUUCAAUGUCUCAUGCAAAUCAUCGUCAACCGAAUCGCAAUCUUGAUGCCGAUACCUGCACAGGCCACACGACUGAAAUGGGGAGUUUUUGGCAUCCUUUUGGCGGUCAACAUCAGCGUCUUCUGCAUCUGGAUUCCAGCUCGCCUCCAGAUAAACGAUACCUAUAUCCAAAUCAACGAGAUCUGGGAUAGGAUAGAAAAGGGCAUCUUUCUUCUUGUCGAUGCUGGUCUCAACCUUACCUUCAUCUAUCUCGUCAAGUCGCGGCUAAUUGCCAGUGGCUUGACCAAAUACACGGCAUUGUUCAGAUUCAAUCUUGCCAUGAUUGCAGUCUCGAUGUCACUUGAUGUCGUUCUCAUCGGACUCAUGUCCCUCCCGAAUACCCUGAUGUAUGUGUUCCCGACUUGA